UCGAGUCGUGGGAUUCAUCGACAGUGUUGAAGGGGUCUCCAACAGAGAGAUUUAGAGAUAAUCUAUUUCCUGACUACUACUACGUUUCAUCCUGGAACGUCGGUGGUUUCAGUGAGCUCAAAAACACCUUUAUUUUAAGCGCUGACCUGAUCUUGCAUGAAAAUGCAGCGAACCAAUUUAUGAGUACUGUUAACCUCAUAUAUCUCGGCAUUUUGUCGGAUAGGAUAGCCAUACUCCCCCCUUUUGCGCCCUUUGACCACGUACAGGCUAGUGCCGGAAUCCUACAUUUUGGCGAUGUUUUUAACCUACCAUUCGCCCGUAACAAACUGCGCCUUUCGGUCGUUGAGUGGUCCGAUGUUAAGGAUACCGCAGCUUCGUCGAAUUCGUCUGGGGAACGCGAGUCUUUAGGUUGCUGGUCAACCUGGGCUGCCAGCAAUCUCCAUGAGCGCAAACCGCGUCAAGCUGACGCCUUGACAUCCCGCCUGGGAUUUGACGUUUCCUACACACCUGUUCCGCUUAAUACUCGCCGCUCGUCCGAGGACGACUCUUACGACUGGUUUCUUCUCUUUAAUCCUAUAUCCUCUCUGAUAUAUACUGAUGUCUCGGCUCCUCGAGAAGAUGCCUCUUUUCCUAAUAGCAAAGGCGAGCCUUUGCCUCCCGAUGAACACCUCAGUUGUUUCGAUCUGAUGUACUUUACCGUGGCUGGUCCAAACGAUUCGGGAUGGGAAAGCCGCUGGUCUCCUGCAUGGAGAUUUGUAGGGCAGUAUAUGAGAUUUACCUCAUCCGUGGUGGAUAUAGCUAAGGGUUAUGUGAGAAGGGCCUUGGGCGUCGAGCAUGAUACUCCAUUUAUCUCGGUGCAUGUGAGGCAUGGUGAUUUCCAGGUUUCAUGCGAGAAAAAUCCUAACUGCUUCUCGCCGCUGAGUAUGUAUGUGGACAUGGUCAAGGAGGUACAGGAGGAGUUGUAUAUUAAGCAUGGUAUCAGAAUAUCGGAUGAGCAUGUUAUCAUGACAUCAGAUGAGACCAACUUGUCUUUUUGGAAUGAAGUGGACUCCCUUGGUUGGCGACACAUAGAUCACACCAAAGAGAACACGAUGGAUUUGUACGGAGAGUGGUACAUGACUUUGGUUGAGGUUGUAGUUCAGAGUCUUUCCUUGGGUUUCGUGGGUACUGGUAGAUCCACUCUGAGUACAGUCAGUCAGAAACGCGUGGAGGAUUGGAAUAACGGCACAACGAGAAUUGUGCCUUUCGUACCGUGGCUAUGAGUUUCUUAGCUGAUAUACACGUAGUUUACUCUCCACUAUUCUAUUUGCAUUAGAAUAAAUUUCUUGAAUGACAG